AAGACAUGGGGAAAAUGUUAGGAGGAGAGGAGGAGAAGGAUCCAGAGGURGUGAAGAAGAAGAAGGAGGAAGAGGAGGAGAGACAGGAGGCUCUGAGACAACAGGAGGAGGAGAGGAAGGAUAAGCACCGGAAAAUGGAGUCAGAAAGAGAAGUAGUACGACAGUCCAUCAGGGACAAGUAUGGCCUGAAGAAGAAGGAGGAGAAGGAGGCGGAGGAGAAGGCAGCCAUGGAGCAGGCCUGUGAGGGGUCUCUGACGCGCGCCAAGAAGGCCAUCCCAGCCGGGUGCGGAGACGAGGACGACGAGGACGAGGAGAGCAUUCUGGACACCGUCCUCAAGUUCCUCCCUGGACCUCUGCAGGACAUGUUCAAGAAGUAAUGAACACAUCGACAACCACAACACAUGGUUCGGUCCAGGGAGG